AUGAUGGAGAGGAAGAGAAGGAGGGAAGAAGGUGAUGCACCGACGCCGCCGCCGAAGACGACAAAGACGGAGAAAACCUGCGGCGAAAAUGAUGAAGGAGAAGAGGAGGACAUUGACUCGCUGCCACCCUACUACCCGGCCAUCCAGGGCUGUCGCAGUGUGGAUGAGUUCCAGUGCAUCAAUCGAGUUGAGGAAGGAACAUAUGGCAUCGUCUACCGAGCCAAGGACAAGCGCACCGGCGAGACCGUCGCCCUAAAGCGGCUGAAGAUGGAGAAGGAGAAGGAGGGCUUUCCCAUCACCUCGCUUCGUGAGAUCAGCACGCUUCUAAAGGCGAGGCACGAAAAUGUAAUUUCCUUGCGGGAGAUCGUCGUCGGCUCCAACAUGGACAAGAUCUACGUGUCGAUGGAGUGGGCGGCGCACGACCUGAAGGCGUUGAUGGAGUCGAUGCGACAGCCUUUCCUUCUUGGCGAGGUGAAGACGCUGCUGCUGCAGCUGCUGCGAGCGGUGGCCUACCUCCACGACCAGUACAUCCUCCACCGGGACUUGAAAACUUCAAACAUUAUGCUCAAUCACCAGGGAAUACUCAAGGUGGGCGACUUUGGCCUGGCCCGUGAGUUUGGCUCCCCUCUCAAGGAGUACACGCCCAUCGUCGUCACCCUCUGGUACCGCGCUCCGGAGCUCCUGCUCCAGACGAAGCUCUACUCGGCGCCCAUCGACAACUGGUCGGUGGGCUGCAUCUUCGGCGAGUUCAUCACCAUGAAGGCGCUCUUUCCCGGCAAGUCGGAGAUUGACCAGAUCAACCUCCUCUUCAAGGAGCUGGGCACUCCGAACGACAAGAUCUGGCCCGGCUACAGCGACCUGCCGCUGCCGAAGAAGGUCGCCUUUGCCGAGCACCCCUACAACAACCUCCACAACCGCUUCGGCCGGCGGCUGGGCAAGUCGGGUUUCGAUCUGAUCAACCGCUUUCUGACCUACUGUCCCGAGAGGCGGAUCACCGCGGCGGAAGCGCUCAAUCACGAGUUCUUCAGGGAGUCGCCGAAGCCAGUUGACCCGUCCAUGUUCCCGACGUGGCCGGCCAAGUCGGAGGGAGAGAAGCGAAAGGCCAGCCCGAAGCCGCCCAGCGGUGGAAAGCAGUUUGCCGGCAGUUUGGAGGCCGACGAGGAGGCGAACGCACCCUCCGCACACGUUUUUGUUUUUACACAUUUCGCCCGCACCGACGUCGUCUAUGAACGGCGCGUCGCUCGUUGUCUAGGCAGCGUUUGUAGAGUGGCCGCCGCCGCUGCCACCAACGUCGCCAACGUCGACGACAAGUCAGGAGCGCUGUUCUGCUCUGUGUACUCCGAGCACAACUACUGA